GUUGUUGUUGUUGUGAUUGACGGAGAGAGAACUUCCCCGUCUUAAAAACAUGUUAAUUAAUUAAAAACAACGAUGUCAGACAUGCUGAUGAAAGAAAUGGAGAGCAUCUCCAUCAGCACAGCGAAGGAGGAGGAGGAGGAAGGGAGGAGGAGCUUCCUGCUGGUGGACGAACAGGAAAACCUGCAGGUCCGCGAUGAGUCUGAGUUCGUGGACAGACUCGGCUGUGGGGACGUGACCGGAGUCAAGGUGAUCUCCAUCUUCGGCAACACCGGCGACGGCAAGUCCCACACCCUCAACCACAUCCUAUUCGGCGGUGAGAGUGUGUUCUACACCUCCAAGUCCCCCAGCUCCUGCACGGUGGGAGUGUGGGCGGCGUAUGACCCCACCCUCGGCCUGGUCUCCCUGGAUACCGAGGGCCUGUUGGGGGCCGCGGCCAAUCAGAACCAGAGAAUGCGGCUGCUGCUAAAGGUAUUGGCGGUGUCUGACAUAGUGGUCUAUCGUACCCGGGCAGAGCGCCUCCACAACGACAUGUUCCAGUUCCUGAGCAACGCCUCGGGGGCCUACCUGAAGCACUUCACCCCGGAGCUCAGGGCCCUCUCCAGCCGCUGUAGUCUGAACGUGCCCCUCUCUUCUCUGGGGCCAGCCGUGAUCGUCUUCCAGGAAACAACGCACACCCAGUUACUCGGUCAAGAUUCUAAGGGCGCCAGCCAGGCUGACACGUUGCUCCAGAAGCGUUUUCACGAUCUGGGCUUGGGGACGGAGGCCUUCAGCUCGGUGCAGUACGUUGGCACACAGACCAUUACACCUCCCACUGACUACAGCAGGCUGCUGGAGGCCGUCAGGCAGCAAGUGAAGAACACUCACACACGCUCCCCCAGACAGCCCGGGAUAGUGUUUCACGCACUGGAGGCUCUAAGUGAGCGUUUCUGUGGGGAACUGUCAGACGAUAAGAUGACCCCUUACUCCUUUUUCCCAGACGAGUACUUCACCUGCUCUGCUGUCUGCCUCAGCUGCAACAUUCGCUGUAAAAAUGGAAUGAACCAUCUGAGAGACAGGGUCCCCCACGUGGCAGAUGGACUGUGCCAGUAUGUGCACCAGUACAACAACAAGGUCCUCAUCUGUAAGAGGUGCUAUGAAGGAGGCAGAGAGGUGAUUGUUUUGCCCAAGACGUCCGCUUCAACUGACAACCCGUGGUUUGGACUCGCCAAGUACGCCUGGUCAGGAUAUGUGCUGGAGUGCGCUAGCUGUGGUGUAAUCUACCGCAGCAGACAGUACUGGGUGGGAAACCAGGACCCUGAGAGCGGCGUGGUGCGAUCCGAGGUCAAACAUGUCUGGGAGGGGUCGGACACCUUUCUGACCAACCACCAGAACGCCGCCCAGAGGGUCCUGGAUGGGAUGAACUACGUGAUCCAGUCAGUGUCGGAGUACAGCACCGGGCCCACCAAAGCUGUCGCUGCCUGGGUCACUGACCAGGUGGCACCGCCAUACUGGAGACCCAACACAGAGAUCACUGCCUGUCAUGGCUGUCGGAAAGUGUUCGAGGAGGCGGAGAGGAAGCACCACUGCCGGUCGUGUGGCGAGGGUUUCUGCCACCCGUGCUCCAGCCACAGGAUGCCGGUGCCAGAGAGAGGCUGGGGCAGCGGGCCUGUGAGGGUGUGUAAGGCCUGCUACCAACAGGGAGGACCAGCGGCCACCAACAGCCAGGUGUGUAAGGUGGAGCCUCGUGGGCUGAUAGCUCGCAGAGUGACGGAGGUGGCCCAGUCUACACUGGACAUGGUCACCACAGCCGUGGACUACCCGCUCUGUUUUAUGAAAGACGUGGCUCGGCCAGACUACUGGGUGCCCGACCAGGACAUCACCCAGUGCCACCAGUGCUCCAAAACCUUCACUUCGGCGAUGUCCAAGCACCACUGCAGGGCCUGUGGUCAGGGCGUGUGCGGCCCCUGCUCCACCCGCAUCAAGCCCGUGCCCUCCCGAGGCUGGGACCACCCGGUCCGAGUGUGUGACAGCUGCCACGCCCGCACAGAUAGUCUGUGAGCUUUUUUUGAACCAGGAAAACUUUCUCAGAUGGUGCACAAAAAGAAAAAACUGUGAAUCCUGGCGCUGCAGCUCCAAGAGAAGGACGAGGAUUAAUUAUGCAGCACUAAAUUGCAUAAGCGUCGUUUUAGCGUGAAGAGACGGGCUGUUCUGAAGCUUAUAAAUGUCCACCACCUGGAUACCAGGUCUGAUUUUAUCAGUGCUGAUUUAGGAUCAGCUUUCCAUCUCAUCUGCCUCCCCUGAACAACUGACUCUGCUGCGGUUAUUAGGUAAAACUUAACAUAGAUCAACUUCUGACUGGACAAAUGUAAGGCUGCAUAUGUGAUUUAACUGACUGGAUAUUUAGAAUAUGAAGAUAUACAUCUCCUCUCAAUUCUCAUUGUAACAGCAGAGCUUGUACUCUUAACUGCACUCAACUGUAGUCUUCCUUGUUCCGUCAUUUGUGUUUGCACAGCCUUGCAGCACGUGCCCAAUUUUCAAUUUGACUACUGUGUUUGCUUAAAAUGAAAAGAUGGUGAGAACAAGUAAAAGGGGAUGCACUGGGAAUACUGGGGAGAUUUUAAAAUUGGGUAUUUUUAAACCAGUCUGUUUCAAAUAGAGUAUCGAGCAUCAUCUCUGCAAAGCCCUCAGAAGAGAAGAGAUCGUGUGAGGUGAUCUUUGUUUCUAUCCUCCUCACAAUCAUCCUCCUAACCAUCUCUUUCUUUGGUAUAAAAAAUUAUGGACGGAGGCGGGAAACAAAAAACAGUUCAGACAUUUUGGAAGAAAAAAAAAACAACUUUUUAUGUGCCUUUAUGGGAAUCCUGAUUCCCAUUUCUAUAGCUCCGUAUGUGCAAGGAGUAAUGAGUUUUUAUAUGUGCCUAAUUACAGAGCAGUGUAAUCUACAGCCUCGCUCAUCUAACUCUUACAGUUGUAGCUACAAUAUGGGGGAACUGAUGGGAAGAGAAAAUCUUUAGCACAACACAUUAUAGACAUUCCAAUGUAUGGAAAUACCCGUGUACUGAUACAGAUUGACCCGCUAUGAGGUUAUUGUAAAAAGAGGGCACUCUGUUUAGCCACUGAUGCUUCAGAAAGCUCUUUUAAUAUAUUGAAUGCACUAGAACAAUUGAGUUGUUUCCAAUUUUUUUUUUUUAAAUGCUCAAAUCACUUGCAAUGUUUAUGAAAACUUACACUCUGUCAGAAAGAGUUUCUCUGUUUAACAAACUGGAUAAAUGAAUGCAAUGAAUCUCUGUCUAGAAAUAAUCAAUUCAAAUUUUAAAGAUGGUUUCCAGGGAAAUCUGGAAAUUGACAAUCUUGAUUUUUCUUUUGUUUCUUAAAUCAGGUUUGUCCAAAUAAAGAAAACAUAGAAAAAC